AUGAAUCUCUGGAUAAUCUCGGCAAUUCACUUGACGAUCAGAAGAAGAAGAAAGCGAGAGGCAGGUGCUGGUCCAACAGACACCACCACCGUUGCCGACACCACAACUGUGGCAGACACCACAACUGUAGCAGCUACCACCACCGUUGCAGACACCACAACUGUGGCAGACACCACCACCGUUGCAGACACUACAACUGUAGCAGACACCACAACUGUGGCAGGCACCACCACCGUUGCAGACACCACUACCGUUGCAGACACCACAACUGUGGCAGACACCACCACCGUUGCAGACACCACUACCGUUGCAGACACCACUACCGUUGCAGACACCACAACUGUGGCAGACACCACCACCGUUGCAGACACCACAACUGUGGCAGACACCACCACCGUUGCAGACACUACAACUGUAGCAGACACCACAACUGUGGUAGACACCACCACCGUUGCAGACACUACAACUGUAGCAGACACCACCACCGUUGCAGACACCACUACCGUUGCAGACACCACAACUGUGGCAGACACCACCACCGUUGCAGACACUACAACUGUAGCAGACACCACAACUGUGGUAGACACCACCACCGUUGCAGACACUACAACUGUAGCAGACACCACAACUGUGGCAGACACUACCACCGUUGCAGACACCACCACCGUUGCAGACACCACAACUGUGGCAGACACCACCACCGUUGCAGACACCACAACUGUAGCAGACACCACGACUGUAGCACAUACUGCAACUGUAACAGACACUACAAGUAUAGCAGACACUACGAUUGUAAUUGGCACUACAGAUGUAACAGACACUACAGCUACAGGAGAAACCACAGCCAAGGCAGACACUACAGCUACGGGAGACACUACAAUUUUAUCAGGAACUACAACCAUAGCAGACACUACACUCACACUUGACACUGCAACUGUAGACACAUCAACCAUAGCAGACGCGAUAAUCACAACAGACACUGCAACCAGCUACACAACUACAACCGUUGCAGACACAACUGUAGCAGACACCACAAUUGUAGCAGACACUACAGUUGUAGGAGACACUAUAACUAUAGCACAUACUGCAACUGUAACAGACACUACAAGUAUAGCAGACACUACGAUUGUAAUUGGUGCUACAGAUGUAACAGACACUACAGCUACUGGAGAAACCACAGUCAAGGCAGACUCUACAGCUACGGGAGACGCUACAAUUUUAUCAGGAACUACAACCAUAGCAGACACUACACUCGCACUUGACACUGCAACUGUAGACACAUCAACCAUAGCAGACACGAUAAUCACAACAGACACUGCAAUCACGGCGGACGCCGCAAACAAAGUAGGUACUACAAUAACAACUAAUGGAGAAACCAUAACUAUACCAAUCAGAACAGACACUGCAACGGUAACAGACGUCACAAAUACAGCAGACACAACUAAAACAAUUACUGCAGCUGCACAAGUCACUGCUACAGAUGCUGAUACUAAAGGAGAUGUUACAGCUGCAACAACAGACGCCGCAAAACAAGCAGUCAGCACAACGACUGAAGCUGCUGAAACAACAGCCAGCGUAAAUUCCGAUAUGAAGGAUGCUCUAACUACAUUUAAGAGUUUAAUAGUUAGUCUUGACGAUAUUAUAGAGGAUGGAACUGCUAGUGAAAUAGAUGUACAAAAAGCUGCUAUUGAUGCAUUAAAAACAACCAUUGAUGCUCUACUAGAACAGGUAUCUGACGAUGAGGAUAUAUUAACUGAAAGUGUAAAAUCUUCUGCAAGUGAAGUGACAGACAGUAUAGAUGAUGCAAAAACCUGGGUGUAUAUUGAACGACAGGAAAUCCGAAAUGGGAUUACUUCUGUGAAUCAACAGUUGAUGGAAUAUGGUGCUACUACAAUUUAUCUGGAACCACUUGUUACUGAAGAUGCUGAUACUAAAGGAGAUGUUACAGCUGCAACAACAGACGCCGCAAAACAAGCAGUCAGCACAACGACUGAAGCUGCUGAAACAACAGCCAGCGUAAAUUCCGAUAUGAAGGAUGCUCUAACUACAUUUAAGAGUUUAAUAGUUAGUCUUGACGAUAUUAUAGAGGAUGGAACUGCUAGUGAAAUAGAUGUACAAAAAGCUGCUAUUGAUGCAUUAAAAACAACCAUUGAUGCUCUACUAGAACAGGUAUCUGACGAUGAGGAUAUAUUAACUGAAAGUGUAAAAUCUUCUGCAAGUGAAGUGACAGACAGUAUAGAUGAUGCAAAAACCUGGGUGUAUAUUGAACGACAGGAAAUCCGAAAUGGGAUUACUUCUGUGAAUCAACAGUUGAUGGAAUAUGGUGCUACUACAAUUUAUCUGGAACCACUUGUUACUGAAGAUGUCGAUACUAUUCCAACAACUGUUCCAAUUCGUACAACUGUUCCUACCACCACAGACAAAAUACCGAUGGCUGAUUCUACAUCAGAUGCUACAAUAAUUGUUACAAUAACAGAUGAUGCACCCAAUCCUACAAUACAUCAUACAAUUACUGGUUUUGCAACAAAUUAUGUAACUGAUACAACAAUAAUUGGUUAUACAUCAGGCGAUACAACAGAUGCUACAGUAACUGGUUUUGUAACAGAUACAACUGAUGCUACAAUAACAGUUUUUUCAACAGAUACUACAAGAAUUGGUUAUAUACCAGAGGAUACAACUGAUGCUACAAAAACUGGUACAAUAACAGAGGAAACAACUAAUACAACAGUAACUGGUUUUACAAUAGAGGAUACAACCGAUGCUAUAGUAAUUGGUUUUACAACAGAGGAUACAGGUACGGAAACUGGCUUUACAACGAUGGAUAUAACCACUGGUACAGAAACUGGCUUUACAACAGAGGAUAAAAAUACUGGCACGGUAGCACGCUUUACAACAGAGGAUAUGACCGAUGCUACAGUAACUGGUUUUACAACAGAGGAUACAACUGAUGUUACAGUAACUGGCUUUAGAACAGAGGAUAUAACAGAUGCUACAGUAACUGGCUUUGCAACAGACGAUACAACCAUUGGUACGGAAACUGGCUUUACAACGAUGGAUACAACCACUGGUACAGAAACUGGCUUUACACCAGAGGAUAAAAUCACUGCUACGAUAACUGGCUUUAAAACAGAGUAUAUGACCGAUGCUACAGUAACUGGCUUUACAACAGAAGAUACAACUGAUGCAACAGUAACUGGCUUUACAACAGAGGAUACAACCGAUGCAACAGUAACUGGGUUUACAACAGAGGAUAUCACUGGUACAGUAACUGGUUUUACAACAGAGGAUACAACCAGUGCUAUAGUAACUGGGUUUACAACAGAGGAUACAACUGAUGCUACAGUAACUGGCUUAACAACAGAGGAUAUGACCGAUGCUACAGUAACUGGCUUAAUAACAGAGGAUACAACUGAUGCUACUGUAACUGGUUUUACAACAGAGGAUACAACCGAUGUUACAAUAACUGGCUUUACAACAGAGGAUACAACUGAUGCUACAGUAACUGGCUUAAUAACAGAGGAUACAACCGAUGCUACAGUAACUGGUUUUACAACAGAGGAUACAACCACUGGUACAGUAACUGGUUUUACAACAGAGGAUACAACUGAUGCUACAGUAACUGGUUUUACAACAGAGGAUACAACCACUGGUACAGUAACUGGUUUUACAACAGAGGAUACAACCACUGGUACAGUAACUGGCUUAAUAACAGAGGAUACAACCGAUGCUACUGUAACUGGUUUUACAACAGAGGAUACAACCGAUGUUACAGUAACUGGCUUUACAACAGAGAAUACAACUGAUGCUACAGUAACUGAUUUUACAACAGAGGAUAUAACAGAUGCUACAGUAACUGGCUUUACAACAGAGGAUAUAACAGAUGCUACAGUAACUGGCUUUACAACAGAGGAUAUAACUGAUGCUACAGUAACUGGCUUUACAACAGAGGAUAUAACUGAUGCUACAGUAACUGGCUUUACAACAGAGGACACAACUGAUGCUACAGUGACUGGCUUUACAAAAGAGGAUACAACUGAUGCUACAGUAACUGAUUUUACAACAGAGGAUAUAACAGAUGCUACAGUAACUGGCUUUACAACAGAGGAUACAGCUGAUGUUACAGUAACUGGCUUUAGAACAGAGGACACAACUGAUGCUAUAGUAACUGGUUUUACAACAGAGGAUACAACUGAUGCUACAGUAACUGGUUUUACAACAGAGGAUACAACCACUGGUACAGUAACUGGUUUUAUAACAGAGGAUACAACUGAUGCUGCAGUAACUGGCUUUACAACAGAGGACACAACUGAUGCUACAAUAACUGGUUUUACAACAGAGGAUAUAACAGAUGCUACAGUAACUGGUUUUACAACAGAGGAUAUAACAGAUGCUACAGUAACUGGCUUUACAACAGAGGAUAUAACAGAUGCUACAGUAACUGGCUUUACAUCAGAGGACACAACUGAUGCUAUAAUAACUGGUUUUACAACAGAGGACACAACUGAUGCUACAGUAACUGGCUUUUCAACGGAGGAAACAAACACUGAUGAGACUGAUGCACCUGAUGAAUCUGAUACUACAACUAGUCUUGCACCUGCUGAUACAACUGGUCCUGCAAAUGUGGCCACAACUGCUACAGAUGUCGAUACUAUUCCAACAACUGUUCCUACCACCACAGACAAAAUACCGAUGGCUGAUUCAACUCCAGAUGCUACAAUAACUGGUACAAUAAUAGAGGAUACAACCGAUGCUACAGUAACUGGUUUUACAACAGAGGAUAUCACUGGUACAGUAACUGGUUUUAUAACAGAGGAUACAACCAGUGCUAUAGUAACUGGUUUUAUAACAGAGGAUAUAAUCACUGGUACGGUACCUGGUUUUACAACAGAUGAUACAACUGAUGCUACAGUAACUAUCUUUACAACAGAGGAUACCACUGGUACAGUAACUGGUUUUACAACAGAGGAUACAACCACUGAUACAGUAACUGGUUUUACAACAGAGGGUACAACUGAUGCUACAGUAACUGUUAUAAUAACUGGUUUUACAACAGAGGAUACAACCACUGGUACAGUAACUGGUUUUACAACAGAGGAUACAACCACUGGUGCAGUAACUGGUUUUACAACAGAGGAUACAACCACUGGUACAGUAACUGGUUUUACAACAGAGGAUACAACCACUGGUACAGUAACUGGAUUUACAACAGAGGAUACAACCACUGGUACAGUAACUGGUUUUACAACAGAGGAUACCACUGGUACAGUAACUGGUUUUACGACAGAGGAUACAACUGAUGCUACAGUAACUGUUAUAAUAACUGGUUUUACAACAGAGGAUACAACCACUGGUACAGUAACUGGUUUUACAACAGAGGAUACAACCACUGGUACAGUAACUGGUUUUACAGCAGAGGGUACAACUGAUGCUACAGUAACUGGUUUUACAACAGAGGAUAUCACUGGUACAGUAACUGGUUUUACAACAGAGGAUACAACCACUGGUACAGUAACUGGUUUUACAACAGAGGAGACAACUGAUGCUACAGUAACUGGUUUUACAACAGAGGAUACAACCACUGGUACAGUAACUGGUUUUACAACAGAGGAGACAACUGAUGCUACAGUAACUGGUUUUACAACAGAGGAGACAACUGAUGCUACAGUAACUGGUUUUACAACAGAGGAUACAACCACUGGUACAGUAACUGGUUUUACAACAGAGGAGACAAUUGAUGCUACAGUAACUGGUUUUACAACAGAGGAGACAACUGAUGCUACAGUAACUGGUUUUACAACAGAGGAUACAACCACUGGUACAGUAACUGGUUUUACAACAGAGGAUACAACCACUGGUACAGUAACUGGUUUUACAACAGAGGAGACAACUGAUGCUACAGUAACUGGUUUUACAACAGAGGAGACAACUGAUGCUACAGUAACUGGUUUUACAACAGAUGAUACAACCACUGGUACAGUAACUGGUUUUACAACAGAGGAGACAACUGAUGCUACAGUAACUGGUUUUACAACAGAGGAGACAACUGAUGCUACAGUAACUGGUUUUACAACAGAGGAGACAACUGAUGCUACAGUAACUGGUUUUACAACAGAGGAGACAACUGAUGCUACAGUAACUGGUUUUACAACAGAGGAGACAACUGAUGCUACAGUAACUGGUUUUACAACAGAGGAGACAACUGAUGCUACAGUAACUGGUUUUACAACAGAGGAUACAACCACUGGUACAGUAACUGGUUUUACAACAGAGGAGACAACUGAUGCUACAGUAACUGGUUUUACAACAGAGGAGACAACCACUGGUACAGUAACUGGUUUUACAACAGAGGAUACAACUGAUGCUACAAUAACUGGUUUUACAACAGAGGGUACAACUGAUGCUACAGUAACUGGUUUUACAACAGAGGAUACAACCACUGGUACAGUAACUGGUUUUACAACAGAGAGUACAACUGAUGCUACAGUAACUGGUUUUACAACAGAGGAUACAACCACUGGUACAGUAACUGGUUUUACAACAGAGGGUACAACUGAUGCUACAGUAACUGGUUUUACAACAGAGGAUACAACCACUGGUACAGUAACUGGCUUUACAACAGAGGAUACAACUGAUGCUACAGUAACUGGUUUUACAACAGAGGAGACAACCACUGGUACAGUAACUGGUUUUACGACAGAGGAUACAACUGAUGCUACAGUAACUGGUUUUACAACAGAAGAUACAACCACUGGUACAGUAACUGGUUUUACAACAGUGGAUACAACUGAUGCUACAGUAGCUGGUUUUACAACUGAUUCUGAUUCCACAAUAACGGAUUCUGUAACUGAUACUACAACCGAUGUCACGGCAGCUGAUACUACAACAGUUGAUGCCACAACUAUUGAUGGUAUAACAGUUGGGACCACAACAACUGAUGUUACAACCGUUGAUGGUACUACAGGUGACGAUACAACAGCUGAUACUACAAGUGUUGAUGCAACCACCGCUGAUAUUACAACAGCAGAUACCACCACCAUUGAAGCCACAACAGCUGAUGCCACAACCGUUGAAGCGACAACAGCUGAUGCCACCACAGUUGAAGCUACAACAGCUGAUGCCACCACAGUUGAAGCUACAACAGCUGAUGCCACCACAGUUGAAGCUACAACUGAUGCCACCACAGUUGAAGCUACAACAGCUGAUGCCACCACAGUUGACACUACAACUGAUGCCAUCACUGCUGAUACUACAACAGCUGAUGCCACAACUGUUGAUGCUACAACUGAUGCCAUCACCGCUGAUACUACAACAGCUGAUGCCACAACUGUUGAUGCUACAACAGUUGAGACCACAACAGCUGAUGUUACAACAGUUGACGGUACUACAGUUGAUGCUACAACCAUUGAUACCACAACAGCUGAUGCUACAACUGAUGCAACAACCGCUGAAGCCACAACCAUCGAAACUACAACAUAUACUACAUCAACUGUUUCUACAACAUCUGCAUAA